AUGGAGUUUCCUAAACCCCACAUCCACCUUCCCCGAACCCCUCACACCCACACAGUCAUCUUGCUACAUGGUCGAGGCAGUGAUGGUAUCGAGUUUGCCGAAGAACUUUUAUCCUCUGUAACCUCCCAGGGCAGCAGCCUAGCUACCUGCUUACCUUCAUAUCGUUGGGUAUUUCCAACCUCACGCGACCGAUGGAGCGAUAGAUUCCAAGAAGAGAUAUGCUCCUGGUUUGAUGCGUACUCCUUCGACAAUAUCCAUGAACGACAAGAGCUGCAGAAAGACGGACUACGAGAGUCGACUUCGCACAUUCUUGCGAUCCUGGAGGAGGAAGUCAAGUUACUCGAUGAGCGAUUCGACCGCAUCUAUCUUGGAGGAAUCAGCCAGGGAAUGGCGACUGCUUUGUGGGCGUUCUUCGCUGGGACUGCGACUCGGCGUAUUCAACAACCACUCGGUGGUCUGGUGGGAUUCUGUGGAUGGUUGCCAUUUGCACAGCAGCUGGAGGGUUUGCUAGCGGAGCCAACCCUCGAUAGUUCCCCUGACCCUCAGGCACAGCGACUAGUGACUGAUUUAUUUCUUGCUGAAAUCGCGGGCCAGGAGACGCCACAUCUCUCUCAACUGGUGAACAGCUCUGUCUUGUCUACUCCUGUGUUUUUGAGUCAUGGGGCUGACGAUGUGUGGGUAUCUGUGGAACUUGGACGACAAGCAUGUCAAGUCCUUCGGAGGAUUAUGGCUCAUGUUGACUGGCACGAGUUCACUGGGGCAGAAGGUGAUGGACACUGGGUGAAGGAGCCAGAAGGGUUUGAUCAAAUUCUUCAGUUCCUUGAGUCUUGA